UAAAGUGCGCUACCAAAAUUGCCCCAAGCACCUUCGACGAGUUGUGUGUGAAAGGACGCUCUUAGCCGUGUUAGAAACUGUCUGUUGGAAAACAGACUCAAGCAGUUAUGUCACAGCCCGAGAACAACACAGAAGAAAACAUGUCCACUGAAGAUUUGCAGACCCCAUGCACUGAUCCUGAGUCCGACAACUUCAGUGAGAAUGGUGAAGAAAAUGAGUUGAGUGCUGAAAAACUCGAUCCUGCUGACAGGGAAUUAUAUGAAAAAUUGAAGCAACAAGAGAGAGAGGAAAGGGAAGAAAUUGAAAGAGAACUGAAAGCUCAUGAAGAAGCUUUAUCGAGGCACCAGGAGGAGUUGAGAGCACGAGAAAAAGAACUUCGUUUGGCUCAGGAACGCAUGAGACAGCGAGAGCAGGAACUUCGUACCAAACAUACUGAUGAUUUCCGAGUAGUACACCCUCAUCACAGUCUUCAUCACCCCCACCCGGCCCAUGCCUCGUCCCCACGGGACAUCAAACUGGAAACCCACUCCAUACAUGCACAGAAUCACAGUCCGUUCACAGCCCAGACCUCCCCCGACAGAUUCCCAAGGAACACCCAGCCUCCCUCUGUUGGGGGGAUGCACACCCCUCCCGAUGUGGGUGAGGGUCGGACCCAUCACUGGACCUUCGAAGAGCAGUUCAAACAGCUUUAUGAACUCAGUGACGACCCAAAGAGAAAAGAAUUUCUUGAUGACUUGUUUGCCUUUAUGCAGAAGCGAGGGACUCCUGUGAAUCGGAUCCCCAUAAUGGCCAAGCAGACCCUGGACCUGUAUGAGUUGUUCCGCCUCGUGGUGUCCAAGGGUGGCCUCGUGGAGGUCAUCAACAAGAAGCUGUGGAGGGAGAUCACCAAGGGCCUCAACCUCCCAUCCUCCAUCACCAGUGCAGCAUUCACACUCAGAACACAGUAUAUGAAGUACCUUUAUCCCUAUGAAUGUGAGAAGCUGAAGCUGAGUUCUCCUCAAGAACUACAAGCAGCUAUUGACGGUAACCGUCGGGAAGGGCGUCGCUCCAGCUAUGGCUACGACCUGUCCCCUGGACCCACGCUGGUCCCCACAAGCCAUCAUCUCAACGGCACUCUACUUAAUGGCAAACUCGGAGGUGGAUCCCCAGGCAAACUCUGGCCUGACAUGGACAAUGACGAAGACAGCCUCCCUCCCACCCCCCAGCAUUUUCCUCAUGGUCGUGGUUUGACAGAGCGCGAUGCUAUCGCCAUGGAGGUGGCAACGCGGGCUAUGGAAGAAGCUACCCGCAAGAUGGAGGCGGCAUCACGCACCACGCCCAUUGAGGAAGGUCCGCCACGCAAGCGCAUGCUGUCAGAGGAAGAAAGAAUACUGGCCCAUGCUGGUAUGCCCAGUGCACAUCUCAAGAUCACAAGUCGAAAUGAUGGCCGCUCGGAGAUUGACAACUCUCUGGUAGUCAGCAUGGAGAUCAACGGCAUCAUGUAUCAGGGUGUUCUCUUCGCGCAGCAUCCACGCCGAAUCUGAGUGUAACUGUGACCAGGUGUGUGUAUAGACAAGACAAUCAGGAGCUGUGUGCACGCUGGACGAUGGCAACGGCGGCAUAAUAUCUGAGGCCACGUCACUGGUCUCUGAAAGUAGCAGGCAAGGUGCACACGUUCCCACCCCCAGGCCGAGCAGGGUGAGGGGGCCAGGAAAGCAGGACAGUAUGACAUUACCAAGACCUACUGCCUCCACACAGAAGGAUUCAGGAUAAAUAUCUGCGUGUCUCCAUGAUUGAUAAUCCUCUGGCAGGUCAUAUGGCUAGCACAGACAUGGAAGUAAUGCAGACUGAAUUUUGCAGAUACAUUGUAUGCUCAUUUUAUGUGAGGACUAUUGAUGAGUCUCUACCCCAGAUGUCUGGUGAAGCGAAUUGUGUGGAAUUGGUGAUGUCAUGGUUCCAGAAGGUCACAAGAUAAUGCCAGGCCUACCAAGGGAGGACUGACUGACUGAAUCAGCCUGUCGUGACAAUCAUAUUGAGAUUAGUGCAGCACUCUUCACUUGUUGGAUCCUCAUUCUGACAAUCAUCAUCUGCAGGGUACGACAAGGAACUGGUUCGGUAUUGAACAAUACUAGUACGUUGUGAUUUAGUUUGCUGAUACUUAGAUAGGUUUGUUAGGGUUACAGAGAGUAACAGGUGAAGUGUGCUUGCCAGUAUACAGCGACAACCCCACAACAUGUGCCCACAUCUGUUGUAUGUGUUCAGAUUCCAAGUCUAUAUGGCUUACUAGAACCAAUGUUAUUGAUGGCACAGUAUGGCACAUGCGGAAACAAUGGUUUGCAUUUUGCACAUUCUACAAGGGCAUGUGUAGUAGGGGUUUCCCAGAGAUUAUUAUUGGAGAGAUUUUAUCAAUGUCAUUCUGUAUCAGAAUCUGUCAUAUGAGAUAUCGCUCUUUGUUGUUGCUUCUGUCAUAAGUCAUACACAGACAUUGAUUUGUCUCAUUUGUUUUACCAUUCUGAGAUUUUGACGAGAAAACUAGAAUCUUAUCUCUCAUUUAAUCAAAGGACAACAGAAAGAAAGAGAUUUGGGGUAUAAAUCCAGAAAUUGUUGGUCCUUAUUCUUUAAAGGUGCACAUAUAGUUGCCUGUGUACUUGUAGCUGUACACAACAGAGCACUGGACCUUGUUGUAUGUGUACAAGUACUGGACAGGAAGCAGCUUUACUUCACUGCUAUGCUGGCUUCUGCAGGAAUUAACAUUCUCAUCUUGGUCAUCAGAUAUUGCUUAUCAGGUUGAUAGUUUCACUUCAUUAUCACCAGAUAUAUGAAUCUAUAUUAUACCGGCACAAUCUAUAACAAUUGUUGCCAAUACCAUCGCAAUCUAUAACAAUUGUUGACAAUACCAUCACAAUCUAUAACAAUUGUUGCCAAUACCAUCACAAUCUAUAACAAUUGUUGCCAAUACCAUCACAAUCUAUAAAAAAUUGUUGCCAAUACCAUCACAAUCUAUAACAAUUGUUGCCAAUACCAUCACAAUCUAUAACAAUUGUUGCCAAUAUCACAGUCUCUAACAAUUGUUCCUGGUAUUGUCAGUCUGUAACAAUGGUUUCUGGUAUUGUCAGAGCCUGUAACAAUUGUUCCUGGUGCUGUCACAGUCUGUAACGUUUGUUGCCAACACUGUCACAGUCUCUAACAAUUGUUCCUGAUAUUGUCACAACCGAAUACAAUUACUGGUCAAACAGCCUAAUCUAUAACAUUUGUUUUACUCUGCCACAAUCUAUAACAAGUCCUGUUGAUGGAGAGUCUUUAACAAUUGUAGUACAGACACAGCAUUCAUCCCACAGUGAACUACAGCCAAUCAGAAAACAUAGUACUAAAAUCACUUGCAUGUGGAUCCGAGAAUCCUCAGGAACAAGAUUCUUGGAACUUUGUAGCAAUUUCGUAUGGAGGAAGGGCUACAGGUAUGAUACCUACCCAUUGGUUAAUUGUAUGUGUGACCAAUAUGGAUCUUUAAUCAUUCAUAUUAAUCAGCCUUUGGCAUGAACAAGUUAACCAUCCAUACAGUUAAAAGCAACAUAACCAAUUAAGUCUUCAUGGUAAUGGUCUUGCCUCUCAGCAAUUAAAAGGUAGUCACGCUCCCAGUGAGAGAUGUUCUUAGGAAAUGAUUGAUUGUUUGGGCUUUGUUCAAGUUAAUAAGUAACACAUCAAAAGAGCAUCCACAAUUAUUGUUGAUCUCCAACUAGUGGGAUAUUAAUGAGAUAAAUUGCUUGCUCUCUGUGGAGCUGAAAGUUGGUAAUAUAGGAUGGAGAUCAGCUUUAGUAGAUACAUUGUUUCAAGCAGAAUGAGCUAGUGGAUGGAGGUUAAAGCGUACGUACAUGAUUCCUGUUUUUCAUAAAAAAAAUUGUUUUGUGGGAAAACCUUAAUAAAAUACACAGGGUUCCUGAAUAUUGAUAGGCACCAAAUACUUGAUGAACUUUUAACUUCAUAUUUUGCCUCCUGAUCAAAUUUAACAAGAAUCUGGAUGCGAAUCUGAAUUUGAUAAUCUUCAAAUGUAUGUGUACUUGUCUACAUAUGAUUAAUUUUGUAUGGAGUAUUGAUCAGUGUGAAACAACAUUUUGCCAUGGUGAGGUAUUAUGAAGUCCCUUAAGUAUUAUUGUUCAAGUAUCAUGACCUCUAUUGUUGACUAAACACAUUGGGUGUAGUUGAUAAGUGACAGGCCAUUAGCUAAGGUUAGUAGGGACACAUUUGGGUGCAAAGAAUCUCAUUAGACCCAGAUGAUGCACGCAUGGAAAAUUUAAGUACAUUGCCUUUACAAAGAUGCUAUUUCCUGGGAAGGAUGCAGUUUAAGCAUGCAUCACAGAUUCAAUUAAAAGGAAAAUAACUUGCUGAUCAAUAUACAAUGUCAUUGGCACCCAGACCUUAUCUGAAGAUUUUUAUUGUUGUGAACAAACUUUGAUAUUUCAUUUCGGCAUUUAUAUUAUUGGAGAAGAGUAUGUAUUUUUGUCAGCAGUACCAACAUCAUGUUUGAUUGUCAUUCAGUAAUGGUAUAUUAAGUUUGGUGAUGGAGAUCCUUACUGGGAUGCUAGCCAUGAGCCUCAUUCAGGGUAGCUGGAUGUAAGAUUCCUACACAGAAACAUUGGUAGUCUCAGAAUCACAAUGUGUAUCCAUGUUUGGGGCUGAGGGUUGAAACUGCUCAGUCCUAAACAUGGAUAGACAUCAGCAACUUCAUAUAACACUUAGUUCAUUGUCACAAGAUUUACAGUCAUUGCACCAAGUUGGCCCCAAAAUAGACCAUUGUUGCAAGCUGUGGAAGGCUGUUGUUAUAGAUUGUGUCUGGUGCAGGUACAGAACUCGAUACCUCAAUUACAUGGACCAUUGGAGCUUAAUGUGCAAGCUGCAGUCUGUUUCUUGUUUUCUUUUGACACAAGAUUUUGUUGUUAUUUGUAAAUGUUGAUGUUAAUAUUUGUGCCUCUUUCUAUGCUCUUAAACUACUUCUCAGGGAUGACAACACUAUUGGUUCUAUGCUGCAUGAAAUCCUCUGACUCUCCCUACAGUAGACUUCCCUGAGGCCUAGAGAAAAUUCAUGUGGUAGACUUUCAGACCCUUAGGAUUACCACUGGUCUUCUGGCAGCGUGUCCUUAUAUCCUCUCUGAAUACACAAAAAUACCAGAUAUGUUGUAAACGACUUUUCAUUUUGAAGGUUGAGGCAGGCUUCAGCCAAUACACAAAUCCCCCCUUCUUGAGUCCGUUGUGAGUAAACAAACCAUUCUUCUUCGAUAGGCCCAGGGCCCAAGUAUAUUAAUGUGUCAGAAACUUCAAGAAAGGCUUAUUCCUGGAUAUUCUAGGGACAGUUGUAACCACUCAAGGCUUUAAACAGAUAGUGAACAUAUACCUUCGAGGUAACAUUAUCGACAAUACUAUAAAAAUUGAACAUACAAUGUUACGUUUGUUGUUUUGGAUGACUGUAGCAACAUCCAGAAUGUGUACAAAUUAUGUAUUUUGACUCAAACACUAUUAUUGUCACAGUAUUUAUGGUAUGUAUAUGAAUAUUUCCUUGUUAAAUCCAACAGGUAAUCCACUUUGUAUGUCCUGAUGCAUGGAACCCAAGUAGCACCAUGCUGAUGUUCAUGGUGCACAUGUAAGGAUGAGUCCUAGAUGGUUGUCAUGGCUACUUGACUAAAGUCUGUCUGAUAAUUUCAGAACCGACAGUUUACAGAUUUCCUCAAAACUUAUGUCCAUAAUAGUUAGAAUGUUUGCAUGUUACACUGGUGUAAAUAUGUACAUUGUAGGAUUUCAGUGUGUCAUCCAGCAAUGUAAUGUCUCUUCAGAUGAUGCAGUCAUACAUUUGUGAGUAGUGCACACAUGCUUUUUGAGAAAAUCGUCAAGGUGUCUUGUCCUAGAAUUAUCAGUCAGACUAGUAGUAUUUUGUUACUGGAUACCUGUUCUUGUGGUAUGGAUGUAUAAUGAUGCAUUGAUGUCCUUGUUUUAUGCAUAACAUUCAGUCAUGAUGUAUGUUGCAUUCAGAGUUCUAGGGACUUCAUUAGAAUUAUGUAUAUGAACUUGUAUAUUUACAAAGUUUCAAAGACUCAUUGUUCGACAAUCACUCGGAAUGAAUGCUAAGCAUUGGUCAGCUUUGGCAGAUGCUCAAAAAGUGCAAUAAGAUAUUUCCUUCACAAUAAAUCACUUAAAUUAACACUAGACAAUCGGAUGUUUUAUGUCAACAUUAAAUGUGAACAUUAAAGACAUUCACUCGGUGAAUGUAUGCCAUUGGGCAAUUGUUUCUUUUAUACACCAAGGUUAACACACUUAGAUUUUUCUUAAUCCAUCACCCAUCCCUGUACAUAAACAUUGACAUACACCCAUUCCCUAAUAUAAUCCCCAAAUUUAUUUCAAUUUUUCAAUUUAUUGAUAGAUAUUUUAUCAGAUGUUUAUUUUCUUUCUAUCUGCUUAUAAUAUUUGAUAAGAAGAUAUGUAUGGAGAUUAUUUAUUUACACCUGACUACCAUUCUAACAAAUAUAUUUGAGCCAUAUUCCUAAGAAGAAUUAGGCUUUUGAGUUUGCCAGCUGUCAUAAGUGCUUCGAAAUCACCUCAAUCACCAGUGACAUACCCAACGUUAGGAUGGAAGCAAUAUGUGAUACUCAAAUGCUUUAAGAAUUGAAGUUUUGUACUGCAAACAGCAGUCAGUACCAUACAUGAAAAUACUCGAUAUGGACAUGAGAUUGGAUUUGCUGUAUGUUUUCUCUUGGUUUUAUAUGAGCAGAUAUUUAUGUGUCAUGAUAGUUGUAUGUAGUUUUGUGGAAGAUAGUACAGUCUUGCAGUCAUUAUACAUAGCUGAUUACCAGCUCUAUUGUCUAUGUUGUUGAUAUUUUUAUUACUUCUCACAUGAAAACAUCAUGUGGCCACUUGUCGUCAUCAUCAAUGUAAAUUAUAACACUGCCAAACUUAACACUUCAUCAAUUAGAAAAGAUUAAACCAUUUGUCAGAUUCAAUCACUGUCGUUGUUUUUGCAAAAUUAUCACAAUUGUUUCAAGGCUAAAUCCAUCAAAUUGUCAUGGAGCACCUAUUAAUCUCAGUUAUUAAGUAUCCACAUCCUGGAGCAGGUUAGAAAAGUAUCUAGGGGUCCACAAAUAUACCUGACAAUACAGACAGACUAGCGGAAGGAAUCAACAUAUCAUGCUCAACUAUAAAAACUGCUCCAAGAGAAAAACUAGAAAAAAAAAUGUAAAAAAUGUUUCUCAUCAUCUUGGUUUUGUCGGUACACAAAAAAGGCAACAUUAUUUACGAAUGUCAAAAUGUCUUGUUAUGGAAGCACUAACUGCCCUUGUCAGAAUUAUUCCAACACUGUUGCUAAUUACUUUUUAUCCUACUGAGAUGAAACAAGAAUAACAAGGUGACCUAGUGAUUUUUACAAUAAGCUUCUGAUGGGAAAUACUUUUUUCAAGUACAAGUAAAUAACAACGGCACCUACACGUAGGUAAUUUUGUUCUAGAAGUUUGAUGAAAGUGUACUAUCUAUUAAGAUUUGUGUUUUUGAAGUAAAAGUGAAACAAUAAUUUCUUCUUAAGGUGUUUUCCUUAUAAGUAGGGCCUGAGAAACCAGUGAUAUUAUUUUAGUCUUGGUACCUUUAAUACCAUAACCUAUGAUUGAAAUCUACAACUCAGGGGACUUGUGCAAACCAAAGAUUAUGAGAGCUGUUGGAACAGCUUUGUACUGAACUGAAAUGUCACAGAGCUUUAUUUCAUACAGUCAGUUAUCCUUAUGAUGAACUAUCAAACCAUUGUGAUGUUGUUUCAUUUCAAUCUGUUUAAACUUUAAUCUCUAGCUACCUUCAUCUCCCCAUUGGAUUCAAGUGGAUGAGUAUCUCAAUAUCUUUCUGAAAGUAUUGUAAAAUCUGUAUCUCUGUCUGCUCAUUAACUGUCAGCUUAGUUUAGAUCUAACUUGGACUAAAAAUAACCUGUUAUUUUGCAGAAUUUUUAUCUUCAGAUCUAACCUUAAAUCACCCUUUUAUUGAUAUAUAUUUCACAGUAAAGACAACAUUGAGGUUUUCCUUUUUCUUUGUGUUUUUCCAUUUUAUUUUCUGAUUUGUCAGUUUUAUGUCAGUUUGACUUACUUGCCUAUGUCCUCUGUCAACCUGUAUAUUGUACCAUAGCCAUGUCUUGUACAUUUCACCUCUUUCUCAGCUGUCUGUCAUCUUCAUGUCAAUGCUUAUCUAUUCAGCUCACAGAUUUGAAUCAUGUAUGUACAUUUCUUUUUUCAUUAUUGAAAUUUGACCCAAUUUAUAUUAUUUGCCAGUAUUUAAAUAAAAACAAAAACAUUUGAAAAUAUUGAAACUCC